AUGGCAGCCAGAAAAAACAAAUCGGAAGGUUUAAUUAAAGAUUUAUCAUACGUAGAUUUCGAGACUAGUGAAGAUGUCGAAAUACUCACUGCGUUCGAUAAUAUGCAUCUCCGGGAAGAUCUCGUUCGUGGUAUUUACUCAUACGGUAAGUCUCUUAACCGUUAAGACUUGUGUAUACUACUUGCCUAUGCAUUACUAAUAUUGUGUUAUUUCAAUGGGGUUUUUUUGUAGGUUUCGAACGCCCAUCGGCUAUACAACAAAGAGCUAUCAAACCGAUGAUCAAAGGACGCGAUGUCAUAGCCCAAGCUCAGUCUGGUACGGGUAAGACAGCGACAUUUUCAAUUGCUAUGCUGCAAUCCAUUGACACUCAAUUAAGAGAUACUCAAGUUUUAUGCUUAUCACCUACCAGAGAACUUGCU